UUCCAGCGGUGAAGCCCUUGAUCAAACUGAAAUACUAUGAUGCGCCACCUAAAAUACGAAGCAAAUGGCAUACUCUUCGUCACCUUAGUGUCCCUUAUUUCUUGCGAUAACGGAGAUUUCAAUCUGACAAUUCUACACACGAACGACAUUCACGCUCACUUGGAAGAAAGCAACAAAUAUGGCGGCACCUGUUUUCCUGAACUUAAGAACAAGUCCAAAUGCGUCGGUGGAGUGGCUAGGAUCGUUCAAAAAGUCAAAGAAAUCAGAAAUGAAACUACUGAUGCGCUUUUUGUGAACGCCGGAGACUUCUUUCAAGGCACACCUUACUACACCCUUUUCAAGCAAAAGGUCAUCAGUGAAAUCAUGUCGGUGAUGGGUUACGACUAUGCGAGACCUCUCAUGGAGCCCCCACGUAUCAUAAAUGAAAAAGUGGUUGACAGCCUUCUGACCAUACGUGGAAUUUUUGAUGAAAAAGAAGCAUUCCGAAAUGAAACUAAGAAACUAAAAGAACAAAAUGUUAGUAUAAUCAUCGCUAUUACUCACAGCGGUUUCGACCGCGAGAAAGACAUCGUAAACGACGUCUCAGAAAUUGACAUACUGGUCGGCGGACACACAAAUACGUUUCUUUACACAGGAGAGCCCCCUGCUAAGGAAGAUAAGCCCGAAGGUGACUACCCAUACGUUGUGAACAGAUCGGACGGAAGCCAAGCCCUCGUUGUGCAGGACUAUCGUUUCGGGAAGUACCUCGGCAGACUGGACGUGACGUUCAACAGCACUGGUCAUGUAGUAGGGUGGGGAGGCAACCCUAUCCUCCUGAAUGCUUCGGUAGAGGAAGAUGCACAAAUGAAAAAGGUUUUAGAGCCUUUCAAGGCAAACCUCACGAAACGAAUGGCGGAAGUGAUUGGCAGUACGAGAGUCCUGAUGGAGCACAAGGACGACAUAUGCCGACUGCAAGAGUGCAACCUCGGCAACCUGAUCGCAGAUGCCUUCUUCGAUUACUACGUUAACCUAAAAAUGGCGCAACCUCCAGCGUGGUCGGAUAUAAACGGUGCUCUUGUCAAUGCAGGAGGCAUCCGAACAUCACUUCCCAGCUUUUACAAUGUCACGUGGGGAGAUGUGGUCACUACAUUACCAUACGGAAAUUCGCUAGUAACUUUAACACUUACUGGAACUGACCUAUGGCAAAUGUUUGAGCAUGCUGUGACAGGCUACAAUACAAGCAAAGACAUGCCAAAGGGGCGCUUUCUUCAAGUAUCAGGAUUCCGAGUUCGAUACGAUUUAAGAAAACCAGAGAACGACCGAGUCACGUCAAUUAAGGUGCUCUGUUCAAAUUGCAGCGUGCCAAUGUAUGAACAUGUAAAGUGUGAACAAACAUACACUGUUGUUACUUCAGACUUCGUUGCAAAAGGCGGUGAUGGUUUCAAGUUUUCGAACUCCGUGACCGUCAGCGACGUCGGUCCCAUAGAAUAUGAAGUGCUUGAAAAUUAUAUAGCUAAAAUGUCGCCAAUGUGGACGCCCAACGAAGGUCGAAUCAAGAUCACAUGGAACGAGACGGACAAAGAAGCAGUAAAAAACUAUACCAGAAUGAUGCGCGAAAACCAAAAAUGCGACAAAGGCGUUUGCACUAGGCAAUAACAAACUA